AUGGAUGAGAACUUCAUUGAAGACGAGGGCAACGCUUUGCCCCUAUAUUUCGCACUAAUGCAAAUCUAUACUCAAAAUGCAAAUCAAUAUAAUUUCAAUCAAUUCGUCAAAACAAGUAAAGCGACCGUCGAUUGCAGUCACACCGAGAAGUCUGACAAUUGCUUAAUCGGCAAAAGGUAUAACGAAUUGAAUACACAUAUUCGGAGGGCAUUUGAAAUCAAUCUCAACAAUGAGACCAACAGUUGGAAAAGUUUGGCCAAACAAUUGGGGUAUACAUCGGACAGUAUAUCGAUAUUCUCAUCCCUGGGUCGUCAGCGUAUGAAUUGUGUCCAAUAUUUUCUGACCGAUUGGAGUAAAUACGAGGACUCGACCAUCAGUUCACUAAUCAAAGCCCUCCACAAAAUCGGACGAUUAGAUUGUAUUGUAAUCAUUGACCCGUCCUUUAGGGUCAGCCCUUAUUAGUCCUUAUAUUCGUCGACUAUAUUGUAAUUUAUUGUAAAUACUAUUCAAAUAUAAUUAAAAUUCAAUUCAAUUUUA